AUGGCAGUGGAUCCUAAACUUAAUGUGAACUUGCACUCGGUGGAUCGUGCCAAUUGGCCGAUUGAAGACGUUGUUUAUUGGCUUGAUAACCAAGGAUGGGGUUCAUUGUCGCGAACGUUUAAAGACUUGAAUAUCCAUGGACACCACUUUUUGAACCUGACGAUAUCUGAUCUCGACGAGCUGCUACAACGAUCGCUACCUAUGCCAGAAUUGUUACGUCUGCAUAAGGAAAUACGAGCCUUGAAUAACACGGAUCACAUCCAGCAUACUGGUUUCAACAAUAAGCCCACCUCUCGAUCGACACCAACAGUAGCACCUCCAACAACCAGUACCGGUAGCAGCAGCAGCAGCAGCACCACACGACCUGCUAUGCUUCAAACCAACAACAACAACAUGACAUCGGAUUAUGCACUGAUCCAACCUUUUAUACCCGAACGGACAUCAUCCAAUCCACAACAAAUAUCAAAGAUCGUCAAUGCUUUGAAUUACGACAUGUCUCAGAUCAGACCUUUAUACAAGAAUCGUUUACGUUCUCAACCAUCUCGAGAAUUCAUCAAUGGUCGUCCACGUGCACCGAGUAAUCCUCUUGCAACAGCUCCUCCAUUCGCUACAUCUUCGUCCAAAAUAUCCAUAUUGGAUCGCCCAAAUCCACCACCGAGUCCUUUACCAAAGACAGAAGAAGGUUGGAAGAUUGCAGGCAAACGUGUACAACAAUUUCAGGAACAACGACAGCAACAACAACAGCAACACCUGAAACAGCAACCGCCACCACCAUUAUCUUUAACGUCACAGCAACCAGCCUAUACAUCCUAUCAUCCUUUACCUCCAAUGCCAUCCACGCCACGCUUUGGAUCUCGACGUAUCCAAGUCACUUCAGAUUCCAACACGUACCUUGGUUUGACCGUGACCGAUCUUAACGACCCAAAGGAGAUCAAGAGUGCCAUUUUGAAGAUGCUGAACCUACAGGAUGAUCAAUAUCUUUAUUAUCAUGACAAUGGGGUCACGUAUUAUCAUGAGAAUGGCGAAAAGUUCUACGCCCCAUUGACGGAGGAAGAAUUGGUUGCUAUUUGCCGCAAUGCUGGUGAACGUCCUACCGAGCAGAUCCUCGUCAUGUCGAUUAGACAAGUAAUGCCUCCCUAUGCAAAGGAUCAUCGUGGCAUCUAUCCUGAUAUACCCAACAAUUAUGGAUGUAACUUACAAUAUCAAAGGUCUUUUUGUCCACCACCUUACAUGACACGUCCUGACAUCCACUAUCCCUCCAUCUUUGGUGAUCCAAUUCAACGCAGCCCAAUCUCAGCUACACCACCACAACAUGUGGCCAAUUUUGGAUAUGCAGCGAAUGCAGCAGCUAAACCUAUACGACCCACAGGACGUCGAGCCUCUUCUGGAGAACUGAUGACUGUAUACGAGACAACAGCUGGGGAUCCAUAUUUACAACAACAACAACAACAACAGCAACAGCAACAGCAACAGCAACAGCAACAAAACAACAAGCCAUAUCCGAUUGUGGUUCCUUCGACAAGUAAUGGUGAUCCAUAUACGAAUGAGAAUAAUCGACCUGAACCCAUACAAAGACCACAAGCGAGUGUAUCGAGUGAUCCCAAGACCAAGAAGCGGUGGUUACAUCGUCGACAGUAUUCAACGGAUGAGCUUUCUACUAUGAGUAAAACACGAAGACCAGCUGUCCAAUUUGCUCGACAAGAUGAUACUCAACAAUCCAACAAUGAUCGUCGUCGACAUUUGCAAAUCCAAAUACCCACCCAUAGUUCGUCACGUGGUGGUGGUGGUACUUCCUUAUUACCUUCCUCACCCAUGCCAACCACCACUUCAGAAGGAGGAGAAGAGCAAGUAUGGGGUGAACGGCCUUCCAUUGAACAACUUUACAGGGACAUCGACAAGUAUUUGCCUGGUCAUGAUUUGGAUAAGGAAAUCUUUAUUGAAACACCCACUUCACCUAAAACACCAUCUCCAGCUGUUGCUGCUGCAGCUGCUGCAACACCUCCUCCGCCAUCUUCCCCUGCAAUUCCAGUUGCUGCUGCUCCUGCUGCUGCUGCAUCAGCAUCAUCAGCAGCUCCCACGCCACCUCUCACUUCAACACCUUCCCCUCGUCAUCAACGUUUACAAGCACAUCGCAAAUCCAUCCGUGUGGUGGCUAAAGAGGCUCACAAGAAUUGGCGUUUCUCUCAACAUAUGGGUACUCCACGUAGUAUCUUGCGUCGUCGAAGCACCAAAAUGUGGGAUCGUAAGGUAGAACAGGUGAAGCCUGGUAUGAUUGUGGAAAGGCAAUCGAUGGUUGUCAAGGAAGAAGUGGAACCCGUAGGAUAUCCAGCACCUACCAAGAUGCAAUGGGUACGGGGUGAAUUGAUUGGACGAGGUUCCUUUGGCCGAGUUUAUCAUGCUUUGAAUGUUGCUGCUGGAGAAUGGAUUGCUGUCAAAGAAGUGGAUGCACCCAAGACCAAAUCGGAUAUGCAAAACACCAAGAUGCGUGAAGCAGUGGAUUCAUUGUAUCGCGAGAUUUCCUUGUUGAAGGAUUUCGACCAUGAAAACAUUGUUCAAUAUCUGGGCUAUGACUUUGAUGAAGACGAAGGCCACAUUUACAUCUUUUUGGAGUAUGUUCCUGGUGGUAGUAUUCUCAGUGCGCUCAAAAAGAAUGGACCCUUUGAUGAAGUACUCGUUCGAUUCCUCACGCGACAAAUCCUAUUGGGGCUUGAAUAUUUGCAUGAUCGCAACAUCAUGCAUAGAGAUAUAAAAGCUAGCAACAUUCUCGUGGAUAAUCAUGGCGUAUGCAAGAUUACAGAUUUUGGUCUCUCGAAACCAAGUGGACAAGAAGAAGCCUACGACCCCAAUUCCAAUACCUUGAUGAAAGGCACCGUGUUUUGGAUGGCUCCAGAAGUAGUACAAAAUUCCAAAUACAGUGCCAAGAUUGACAUCUGGAGUCUCGGCUGCACGGUGAUUGAAAUGCUCACGGGUGAUCACCCAUGGAUGGAAAUGAAUAUGCUUGCUGCAUUGUAUAGUCUUGGCAAGUACAAGUCUCCACCGAUACCUGAAGAUGCGCCUGAGUUGGCCAAGGAUUUCCUAAACCAAUGCUUUAUCAUUGAUCCAGAAGCACGUCCAACGGCUGCUGAUCUUUUAGUGCAUCCAUUUGUCAGACAAGUAACCAACUUCAAUUUCCAGGAUUAUGUAAAGACGCGUUUGAAUUGA